UUGUUCCUCGUUUGUCUCCGUAUGGUUGUAGGAACAGCGUCUUGCCGCCAGAUGUCUCUGCUGAGCUGACAGGUAAGCAACAACUGAAAUAUAUAAAGGUCGAAGAAGUCGUGGCCGGACCACACCCAAACAGACACCGCAGAGACGAACUCCGCCGCGACGUUGGCUUCUCCUCCAUCCCCCCCCUUCUCUUUUUCGUCUUUUCCUCUAAAAUACAAGUUGUCUUUGAUUUGUUUGGGUUUUUUUUUGUUUUGUUUUAAUAAAAAUGGCAAGCCAGUCGCAGGGCAUUCAGCAGCUGCUGCAGGCGGAAAAGAGAGCUGCGGAGAACGUGGCCGAGGCCCGCAAACGGAAGAACAGGCGUCUCAAACAGGCGAAGGAGGAGGCCCGGGCAGAGAUCGAGCAGUAUCGCUCGAAGAGAGAGGGCGAGUUCAGCGCCAAGGAGGCAGCCGCGCUGGGUUCCCACGGCAACGACGCGGUGGAGGUGGACCGCGAGACGGUGGAGCGCAUGAGCCGCAUCCAGGCUAGCUACAGUGGCAACCACGAGGCAGCGCUCGGCGACCUGCUGCGUCUCGUCUGCGACAUCAAGCCCGAGUUACACGCCAACCACCGCGUCGCCGGCUAGACGGGAUGCCGGUCCUCCCCUGGCACCGCUGCAGCCGAACUUGUCAACGUUUAAAGAUUUGGGGGGGUAAAAAAAAAAACCCCAUUCAUAUAUAUAUAUAUCGAUGUGUAAUUUACUGAGCUGGACUGGUCGCCCCCUUAUGACGUCACAUCCGCUAGUGUUACUGACCGGUUUGUGAGGUUUCUGUUAAUUUUGUGUAUACGUCAAGUUUAUUUAUAAUUGAUCGUAAAAUUUAGUUG